UGCACGCGCGCGGGGUUGGUUAGUGAGUCCUCGUGGUUUGCUGAGUGUGUGUGUUGUGUGUGUUGAGAGAGAGAGAGAGUGUGUGAGUGAGGAUGAGGUGGAUGGAUGGAAGAUGAAGGAGAGAGGCUCUGGUUCUGAGCUGUAGUGGGUUCUGGUUCUGGUUCUGGUUCUGGAGGCUGUGUGUGUGGAUUACUCUGAGGGCUCGGUUCUGUUCUCGGGAUCUUCUCGGGGCGCAUGGCUUUUGUUUGAGGAGAUAAACCGGGACAGCGCGGCGCUUCUGCUCUUUCUUCUCCUGCUGUUACAGUGGGAAGCGUCUCCUGCGCGCGCCCCCUCUCCCCUGUCCUGUCUUGUCCUGUCCUGUCCUCUCUCCUGUCCUGACCCGGGUCCAGCAUGUCCUCAGCCCGGGUGGAUUAUAUCGCUCCAUGGUGGACUUACUGGCUCCAUAAUUUCCCUCAUGUGAACCUGAGGCUCCAGCCCGCAGAAAACACCUUCAGACCCCAGGAUGAAGACUACCAGCAGUCUUUGAUGUUCCUGUUCUGCGUGGCGGCUGCUGGUCUGGGAUUGAAUCUGCUGGGUCUGGCUGUGUAUCUGAGCUGCCUCUGCUGCUGUAAGAGGGAAGAAGAAGCCGAGGAGACGAAGAAGCCAAACUCCUGCUGUGUAACGUGGGCGGCCGUCGCUGCUGGACUCCUCAGCUGUGUUGCAGUCGGAGUGGGUUUUUACGGCAACAGCGAGACCAACGAUGGGGUGUACCAGCUGACCUACUCCCUGUACAAUGCUAAUCACACGCUAUCAGGAGUGGAGAACCUGGUAACGGGCACUAUGGGUGGAAUGCAGAGUGGGCUGAAGGAUCACCUGUCUCGACUGGACGAGAUCUUUGCGGCGCGGGGGGACUUCGUGCAGACCCUGCAGUUCAUGCAGCAGAUGUCGGAUAAUAUCAUUAAGCAGCUGCUGGGGCUGCCGGACUGGGAGCAGGCCAAAGUGGACCUGGCCGCCAUCGCUGACCAAACUGCAUUUGUGGAGUAUUACAGGUGGUUGACAUAUCUGCUGAUACUGAUCCUGGAUCUGAUCAUCUGUCUGGCAGCUUGUCUUGGCCUGGCCAAGCAGUCCCGCUGGCUCCUCACCACGAUGAUGGUGUUUGGUGUUCUAACUCUGAUUCUGAGCUGGGCGUCUCUGGGCGCUGAUAUAGCAACAGCUGUGGGCACCAGUGAUUUCUGUGUGUCUCCAGACAAGUUUAUCAUGAACCAGACCAAAGACAUCAUCAGCUCAGAAAUCGUUCAUUAUUACUUAUACUGCAGCCAGACGCUCCCCAACCCCUUCCAACAGUUUGUUUUGCAGUCUCUGACAGUUUUCCAGCGAUCACUGACCACCAUGCAGAUCCAGGUCCAGGGAUUACUGCAGUUCGCUGUGCCUCUGUUCCCCACAGCUGAGAAGGAUCUUGUGGGCAUUCAGCAACUGCUGAACAACUCAGAGGGGAGUCUGCACCAGCUGACCGCACUACUGGACUGCAGAGGACUCAAUAAGGACUAUCUGGACGCUCUGAUGGGGGUGUGUUAUGAUGGAGUGGAGGGUCUGCUCUAUCUGUGUUUAUUCUCCCUGCUGGCUGCUGGAGCUUUCUGUACAAUGCUGUGUGCAAUUCCACGGGCCUGGAGACAGAUAGCCAACAGAGAGAGGGAUUAUGAUGACAUAGAUGAGGAGGACCCCUUUAACCCACGAGUCCGGCGGAUGGGUUCCCAGAAUGCUCAGCAGGCGAACUUGCACAGCUUCUGUAGCUACAGCAGCAGCAUGGGCAGCCAGAACAGCCUGCACCCCCCCGUUGCUCCCGCCACCUCAAACGCGCCCGUCACUGAAUAUAUGAACCAGACGGCUCUGUUCGGGGGUAAUCCGCGGUAUGAGAAUGUGCCUCUAAUAGGAAGAGGUUCUCCUCCUCCUUCGCCAUAUACAAACUGCUACUCUCCAAGCAUGAGAGCCACCUACCUCUCAAUGACUGAGGACCAGAUGCGCCACUUUGGGGAGGAUUUCCGGGCCUAGAGUUCAUCUCCUGACCUUCAUCAUCAUCAUUAUUACCAUUGUCGUCAUCAUCAUCUUCAUCUACAGACCUCAGCCAGCGUGGAAAAGUUCUUCGGACAGCGGGAUCGGAGCGGUGGUGGAACUGUCAGAUCCAUGUGUGGGUUUUACAGGGUGGGGGAUUAGGUUUAGGGUGGGUAAUAACACCGAUUAGAGUUGAAAUACAUUUUGUGUGUGUGUGUGUGUGUGUGUGUGUGUGUGUGUGUGUGUGUGUGUGUGUGUGUGUGUGUGUGUAAAAGAAGUAAACUACUGACAUGGCUCACUAUGAAGGUCCAUGAUGUUCAGUCUGGUAGGUGCUGGAUAAGGUCUGAAGGCAAGUUUUUAUAACUAUUACAAACUUUUAUAAUUAAAUGAAUCUAAUAAAAUGAUAAAAGGGUCCCUGAUCUGGUCAAAUAAAGCAUGUGAGAAUAGUCUGAUAGUCAAAACGACCACCAAUAUUUUGACAAAGUAAGCUAGUCCUCAGGAAAACAGAAAAAAACUUACUCUUUUCCUACAAAAUACAUCAAAUUGGUAAAACUUGGUAAAGUUUUGGUUAAAAAAAAUCGAGUAAUUCAUUUUUUGUACUUACAAAAUAAGUGCAAUUGCAAAUGGGCUGCGGUUGUAGUAAAACAUGAUAACAAAUACAAACCUACAAUUGUUGAAUAGCCGACCUCUGUUCACCUCCAGUGUUCUGAAAUGCAGCGUUUUUAGUCGCUUUUUCCAACAGGCUUACAAUGCUAGUGAUAGGAGCAUGGAAUUGCAUACCUAUGCAAGGAAAUCACUAUUUUUACACCAUAAACAAGCUAAACGUAGCUCCACACAUCAUUGGUAGAAUUCUGAGGGCCCUAACAUUUAAAACAAGGCACUGAAAACUGUGAAAGUGCAGCAAUUAUUAAAAAACACUGUUUAUCUACAUGCAGUACCUUUAGCUAGUUCUCCAGACACCGCCAUCUUGGAAAAAAAAAGUCAUAAUAAAUCGACUUAUUGAGUAGUAAAGCCUUUUGAGCAAGGCAGUACCUUUAUAGCAUUUAUUGUGUGGUGCUCUUCAUUCUCAUAUAGAUAGUCAUCAUAUAUGAUCAGCAACAGCUGGAAUUCAUGCAUUGCCACAGAAUUAAUUUUGCAAUCUGUUCAAAAUCGACUUAUUGUAAAGUUCUCAGUGCCUUGUUUUAAAUGUCAGGACCCUCAAAAUUCUACCAGUGAAGUUUGGAGCUACUUUGAGCUUGUUGUUAAUGGUGUAAAAAUAGUGAUUGUUUUGCAUGGGUAACACUAUGCCCCUUUCACUAGCAUUGUUUUUUUUUUUAUAAGAGUAAUAAUGGAACAUGGUAGUGGACUAAAAGUUUGUACUCUUUAUCAUGUUUCACUGCACCCCAAGUCCAUUUCACAUGAGAUUUCUCCUUUACAUCUUCAAAAAUAUUCAUUAUUUUGACAAAAUUAGUCAAAUUCUCAAGCAAAUAAGUAUUUUUUUUUGACAGAUCAGAUUUUUAAGCAAUUUAUUGUCAGUUUACUUACAUUUUGGAAAACAGUUGUUAAGUCUGCAAAAGAGGUAAAGAGGUUAACCCCUGAGAAUUAAGUGAUUUUCAAAAAUAUAUCAAAUUCUUGAGGAAACAUAAUUUCUGCAAAAUGUAUUUUUUGCUUAGAAAGUUAAUUAAAACCUUUACUUGAAUAUAAACUUUGGGAAAUUCAUUAUCUUUGACAAAAGAAGUCAAAUUUCACUAUUUGAGGAUAAAACGUAAACAUGUUUACAGCAGAGCUGUAUGAGCUAGAGUUACAGAGCACUGAGCCAAAAUUUACUCUUGCAUUUAGAAAGGACUGAAAACGUCCUCUGUUUACUGUGUGUGUGUGUGUGUGUGUGUGUGGGCGGGCGCGUGCGUGUGUGCUCAUUUCUUCACGUCUUGGCGUGUGCAGUUGGUGGAAACCUCACAUAUCCUCCAUUGUUAAAUGAAACAGUGUGGACUGGGACUGUUGGAGUUUUGUGUUCUGAGCUGGUGUUCAGUGUCAGAGCUCAGACCCGGCUGUGUAACUGAUUAACCCUGAUUUAUAGCUGUUAUUAACCCGUUGUUAGCGUUUGUAAAUAACCUGUAUAAUAACAGUGUGUGUGUGUGUGUGUGUGUGUGUGUGUUUAUACUGGACCGCAGCUCUGUGCUGACGGACAGACGGACGUGUGUAGCCUUAGCCUGCGUUUGAGAUCUGAAUCUGUUGUGUUUAACAUGUAUUAAAAUAUGUGGCAUAUUUUUUUUUUUUUUUUUGCUUAAAGGGAUACUUCACCCAAAAACCCACCAACAGAACCUUAACAGAGUCCUGUUAGAACAAUAUCGAGGACCAGACGUGAUGUACAGUGGGGAAAAAUAAGUGUUUAAUACACUGACACUACACUUUGCCAGUUUUCAUACCUACAAAGAAUGGAGAGGUGUGUAAUUUUUUAUUGCAGGUGCACUUCAACUGUGAGAGAACAUCAGAACGUCACAUUGUAUGAUUUUUUUUUUUAUUAAUUCAUUUGUAUUUAUUGCAUGAAAUAAGUAUUUGAAACAACAGAAAUACCAAACUUAAUAUUUGUUACAGACACUUUUUUUUUUGUUUUUGCAAAAAGACGCAUUUCCUGUAGUUCUUAACCAAGUUUGCACACAUUGCAGCUGGGAUUUUGCCGCCUCCUCCAUACAGAUCUUCUCCAGAUCUUUCAGGAUUCGGGGGAAGUCGAUGGUUUGGAGACUGGCUAGGCAACUCUAGGUCCAUGAAAUGCUUCUUAUGGAGCCACUCCUUAGUUGACCUUGCUCUGUGUUUUGGGUCAUUGUCAUGCUGGAAGACCCAGCCAUGACCCAUCGACCAAUGCUCUUACUUAAGCAAGAGGUUGUAGGCCAAAAAGUUGCAAUAAAUGACCCCAUCCAUCCUCCCUUCACUAUGGUCCAGUCAACCUGUCCCCUUGCAGAAAAGCUGGACUGUGUUCUUGAGGUUGGAGUGUGAUUGGUGUGUGUGAACAGGUGUCUUUUAUACAGGUAACAAGUUCAAACAGGUGCAAAUAAUUAUUUAAAAAGCAUACAAUGUGAUUUUCUGGGUGUUUUUUUUUUUAGAUUAUGUCUCAAAGUUGAAGUGUACCUACACGAUAAAAAUUACAGACCUCUUUAUUUUUUAUAGAUGGGAAAACCUGCAAACACUUAUUUUGGUGUUGGAAAAAUGAGUAACAAAUACCCUCAUUUUGUUCUGCUGGUGUUAAAGACUGACUGUCCCACAGAAUUUGGACAAAUCUGGGAGAUUUGAACAAGAGAAUGCAUGUGGGUGGAGUCUCACCAGCAACCAGUAGCUGCUUUCCAAAGCCUUUACUGCAGUCAAAGUAAGCAGGGUGUCCACGGUUCCUUAAAAUAUAUAUAUUUGUUUGUUUUAAAAUGUCUUAAGAGGUUUUACAUGUUUACAUAUACAUGUUUUUCAUUGAACAAUAACAAUAUACAAGGUACAGUAGCUACUGGUGUACCACCAGACUGAAUUAGGAUGGUCAUGUAGGCAUGGGGGAGUCUAAAUUUAUUGAAAGCUUUUUGAAUAACCCCAAUUUUUCACCAGACUCUUUUUUUUUUUCUUUUUUUUUUUUUUCAGUGUAAGAAAAGUGUCACCACCCUGAACAAGCCAUCCCCACUGUGAAACAUGGUGGUGGCAGCAUUGUGCUGUGGGGAUGUUUUUCUUGCAUGUACAGUACCCGUCAAAAGUUCGGACAUAUUUUUUCUCAUUCAAUGUGUUUUCUUUCUUUUUAUGUUUUUUUUUUUUGUUACAUUUUUGUAAUAUUGAAGACAGUUAUAAUAUUUUACAGCUAUACAGGAACACAUGCAGAGUUACUUUGUAAACAAAAAAAGUUAAAUAAACCAGAAUACAUUUUAUACUUAAGAUUUAGCUCAUUUAUCUUUGAGGACAGAUCUGCACACUUUUGGUAUUUUGAUCUCAGUGUCUUCAUGAGGGAGAGUCACCUGGAAUAGCCUUCUUAGCAUCUUGAAGGAGUUCCUGGAUGUGCUGAACAAUAGUUGCUGCUUCUUCUUGAUGCUGUGAAGCUCCAGCUCAUCCCAAAUCACCAUCUCAGUUCAUCAGAUUUAGAUCAGUGGAUUGUGGAGGACUAACACUUUUUUACUCAUGUCCCUUAUUUUUUUCAUAUCUUUAAAUAUUAAUCUGCAAUGUAAAACAUGAAUAAAAAAUGUAAGAAAACACUGAAUGAGAAUGUGUGUCCAGACUUGACUUGACUGAUACUGUAUACAGUCUUCUAUGAUGUAGCAAACAGCGACGUGAAGCCUAGGCUUUGGGAUGCAGCUGUUUUCACCUCACCGCUCUACUGUCAAUUGAACAGGUUUCAUCCUAAGCUACAUGUUCUUUUUAUAAUUUCAGUUCUGGUUCGAUAAGACUAGAUGCUAACUGGCUUUAGCUAAUUAUUGUUUUGUGUGUGAAGUAUUCCUUUAUUCUUAAUAUUUGUCUUCCAUUUUGAGAGAGCGUUGGAUUUCCUAACAGAGCUCCUCUUGAUUAAACUGAAAUGCCUCGCGA